ACCGCGUCCACUGCAAGUUCCUCACCAAGACCCUCCAGCCCUGCGGCAGAUUCGACUUUCAUCAGCGUGAAGAGGGAGCCGAGCACGGAAGAGCCCAGCAGCCCUCUCGAGGCAACGAGUCCUGCUUCCAUCCUGCGCAACAACAACGCGAUGGAUCACGUGAAAAGCCAGGGGACCACAGACCCACUGAAAAUCGGUGGAAAAGGCCGUGCUUGCGUUACCCGAAAAAAGUUUUCCCCCUAGAUCGUUCCAUUGUGCAACGUGGCAAAUAAAGUGAAACUCAGAGAGAAACGAACAAAAUAUAAAGAAGGAAGAGAAAAUACGCGGAGAGGAAGGAAGAAAAGGACGGAGAAAAAAAUAUAUAUACAUAUAUAAACAUAAGCGUAACACAAAGAUAGAAAAAAAGUCAGGGAGAGAGAGAGAGAGAGAGAGAGAGAGAGAGAGAAGCAGAAGAGCGGAAAAGGAAAGCGAAAGCAGCGAAUGAUCUCUCGAUCUCAACCAAAAAGGAAAGAUAAUGGGUUGAACCCUCGCAUCGUUUUUAUUUCGAAGCGGAAACCCGGGGAGAGAGAAAGAGAGAGAGAGAGAGGGAGAGAGCUAGAAGGGAAAAUAACGAUGUCGAUGAGAACAUGCCCUCGCACGAAGACGAUACCGAGCGUCUUUUCAAACAAUGCUGAACCCUGUCGAAGAUCGCGAUCCCACGGAUUUUCGCAGCCCUCGGGCAACCAGAUAGCUAACGAGAAAGGUCUUCUCUUCCUGUUGUGACACGGUGCCAGUGAAGUGCGGAUUUUUUUCCCCGUUUGUUCGUGCAACCGCUGCCAGGUGCUUCGUAGUUGUUUGCUUUCGCGUUGACACGGGAAAAAGGAUCGUUAAAAAAAGAAAAGGAAAGAAAGAAAAAAAAACAAAGGAAAAGAAAUUGAAUCUUGCGCGAUCAACAACCUUCUAUGAAUCCAAACACACACAUUUCGUGAUCCACAGUUCUUCGACUUCGUUCAUUUAACAUUUUCAUCUCGAACGAACCACGUCUUUCAUUUUUCUCAUAUUUUCUUUCAGUCUCGCGUUUGUUCCGGUUUUAACCAGCCGCGAGUACCAUCAUCGAUCGUCUGCUCGAGUAAAGAGUAAAGAGCAGAGAGUAGCCUGUUGCUCGGCUAGUGGCAAACAACGCGCUGGGAUAGACGCAAAGAAGAUACAUGUACGUUGUAUAUAAUAAAUCCAUUAAAGUUUCUCCUGGAGCAUAUCAAGACGUAAAGUCGUUGAAUCGGUGAAAUUCGUGACGAGUCGGAUUGAACUCGCCGAUAAGGAUCGGGAGAAAAUAGAAACGUGUCACGGCGAGCGUAAUAAAGCAUCCGCGCGUAAUCGUAUCAGAUUGAAUAAUAGGCUGCUCAAGGCUACCGAAAAGCAUUGCCCCCGGCCGCCAGUGUCUGGAGAAUAACGAGAAUCGUAUGAACGGGAGCAACGCAUAAUGUGUUCGAAGGCGCUUUGAAGGAGAGAGAUUAACAGAUAAAACGCGCUCUCUGGCCAAGCCGUGGACGUGCCAAAAUUGUUCGUCAGUUGCCUGCGGACAGCUUCAUUGAGAAUCUGCCUGAGGAGUAACGGCCAGUGACCUCGGUUCAACCGCUCUCGAGAGCUCCGUUCGAGAGGAAUGCUUUCUCGAAACCGUAGCAUCGCGAAACCUGACGAUCUUCUUGCGAAAACGUCGUCCUUUUCGCCUUCUUCGUCUUUUUCGUCGUCUUCUUCGUCGUCUUCUUCGUCUUCCUCGUCAUCUCCGUGCCUGUCGUCGACGUUCCACCGUUGGUGAAUCGGUCCGCGAGAAAACGAGAUGUGCUCGACGAUCGUUCGCGCGUAAAGUUUCCAGGUAGCACGCUGUUUGGAGGAAAGCCGAGCGAGUGGAUCGGGAAAAGUUGGACCGACGCUGCAUUCGACGAGGAUCAAGGAAUUCGUAGAAACGCGGAGUGCCUCGUUCAGGUACUUUUCGCUUUUUUCGUUCUUUCUUUUUUUCUUUUUUUUUCUUAUUGCGUGUGCUCAAGGGAUUGAACGAAAGGAUAUCACGGGGAUAAAGAGCAUAGAUGUGUGUCGUUUCGCGCACUAUUCGUUCCGCUGGUGAUACACCAGCGAAUAUCCGGUGGGCACGCGAUUCGCGAACCUCCUAAAGACCGUUUCGUUGCUGUGUUCCGUUUCUUCGUCGUGCGACGACUUGAAGUUCUGAACGCAGGAUAUAUGUUUAUAAAUCAGCAGUGACACCUCCUCCGAUUCGUUAAACGAGAAACAUCUUCGUACGAGGAUCGGUUCGAUUCUCGGUUCUUCGUCGAUCUUAAGAACGGCGCUCUCGCGUCUAAUCCUUGAUCGAGAAUAAUAUUUCAUAGCGAUAGCGUGAUACAGUGGUUACGUACUUGAGCGUACGAAGAAGGAAGAGGCAAAGAAUAAUUACAGAGACAUAUAGCAAGCAUAAAGAAAAAAAGGGUCUCCUAUAAAUCUCGACAUAGAAAAGUGAUGAACAUCGAGCCGGACGCGAAUCGAGUCACGUAGCGAGUCGAGUACGCGAAUGGUGACCGCAGUUGGUACCGAGGUGCGCGAUCACCGACGUCAUUAUCACCAUUACCUCUUCGUACAAUGGACGUUUUCAAAAUCGAUCAGUCGCUGAGCGCGGGUCUGGGUAGCGCCCCGGCGCCAGACACCCUUACACCGGAAGUGUCGUUCGACGCUGGUAGUGAAUUCAAUCUGAGCUUCUUCGACGGACCGGAGGAGAACAGCACCCAAGGCUUCAGCGAUCCCGGUUCCGUUGGUAGCGCCAGCGCAUCGCCUCCGCCUGGAACACCAGCCAGCAUCCCUGUAAAUCCUCCGAACGCCGCCCUACCGAUUGUCCAAGUGCCCCCUGGCAUCGUCAUUAAGCAAGAGCAACAUUACGCGGCUGCCGAUUCGAACAGUUCGACGCCCGCGAAGAGUUUCGUGGCCUGUAGAGUUUGCGGUGACAAAGCGAGCGGUUAUCAUUACGGCGUAACCAGCUGCGAGGGCUGCAAAGGCUUCUUUAGAAGAAGCAUUCAAAAGCAAAUAGAAUACAGGUGCCUGAAGGACGGCAAUUGUUUGGUCAUCAGAAUAAGUCGGAAUCGCUGCCAAUACUGCAGAUUCAAGAAGUGCCUAGCUGUCGGCAUGUCCAGGGAUUCCGUUAGAUACGGCAGGGUGCCGAAACGUUCGAGGGAACGCGGCCCCGAAGACACAGUACCGACCACCACGUCAACGACCACUACCACCGGAGUACAACAACUCACGUCCCCUGCUGGUGCUAACAAUAACAAUAAUAACACCAACAACAAUAACAACAACACCAGCAGCCAAAACAAUAACAACAACAGCCAAGCACAGAACGCUAUACCGUGUGUGCCGCCAGCUGCUGUGGUAGAGGCAGAUCAGUCAGACGCGGACGUGAAACAGUUGGCGGUUUACGACGUGAUACUUCAAGUUUCUCAGGCGCAUCACGCUCACUGUGGCUUCACCGAGGAAUCAACGAGGGGCAUCGUCCGGAAACCGAUGAUAAUACCGGCGAGUACUUCUUCGCAGCCCGCCAGCCCAGAGGACCCAGAGGCGGCAUCCUCGACAGCAGAAACAGUUGAAUCGCAAAGGAUCUGGCUUUGGCAACAAUUCGCCACUAGGAUAACGCCAUCGGUACAAAGGGUGGUGGAGUUUGCCAAAAGGGUGCCAGGAUUUUGUGAUCUUUCGCAGGACGAUCAAUUAAUUCUGAUUAAGGUCGGUUUCUUUGAAGUCUGGCUAAGCCAUAUCUCAAAGAUGACCACUGACAGUUCGAUGACAUUCGAGGAUGGUACUUAUAUCACUAGGCAACAAAUGGAAUUGAUGUACGAGCCAGACUUCGUGUCUGCUUUGAUGCAAUUCACUUCGGCCUUAAACGCCCAUCAACUAUCGGACACCGAAUUGGGCCUUUUCUCCGGCGCCGUUCUUCUGGGUGAAAGACCAGGUCUGAACGACGUGAAAACAGUGCAGAGGCUUCAGGAUCGUCUUUUGGAGGCGCUGAAGGUUCAAGCGUUACGGAAUCACACGGUUUCCGGCGAGGCUACUUCCGCGGGAGGUUGUUCCGGUGUCUCGAGCGUCUCACAAAGGAUACCAGAAUUAAGAACUCUGGGUGCCAGACAUGCGAAUCUGCUCGACUGGUUCAGGAGGAACUGGACCAAGCUCAAAUUGCCACCCCUGUUUGCCGAGAUAUUCGACAUUCCUAAGUGUGAAGAGGAUCUUCAGUGAAGAGAAUGUUUCAGAGUACAUCGAGUUAAUUCGACGAGAAUGAACGGCCCUGCCGGAAGAGUCUUUCUAAUUGCCGGUGUUCAUCGCACAAAUGCAGCUCGGACCUCGAGGACGAUUUGUUUUCGCUCGUUGGCGGUGACGUACAGCGGUACGAUGACGAGACGACGAUUCGAUUCGAGCGAAAAAAGGAAAAAAAGGAAGCGCAAAGACCGCUGCGAUCUGCCAGCGAUAUGGCGACUCGAUCUUCGCCAUCAUCGAGAUCCAUCUUGUGCUCUUCACUUUGUUUCGCUCGUACAGGCUGGGAAGAUGGAUCGUUUGGCGAGGCGAAGGGUACAGAUUGCUGAUCGAAACACUCUUGACACGAUAUACGAAGAGAAAGAGAAAAUUUAUUCGAUUAACAGGAAUAGAAUGAGCUAUACAAUGCGAACAAUCGACGAUUGGAUCGAUUACGUAUUGGACGAAGUAUAUAUAUAUAUAUAUAUUACAUAAAUGUGUGUAUGUGUGUAUAUAUAUAUAUAUAUAUACGACGAGUGAAUAACUUUUAAAAAGUUACUAGAUUUUGAAAAAGAAAAGUACUCUUUCUUUGAGAUAAUUAUAAAGGCAAGCCCUCCAUCGAUUGUUCUAAAUCGUGCAAGGGUAGGUAGAGAGUUCAAAAUGGGAUUUUCAAGUAGAAGGAAUUUGUAUCAUUCGCUAUACGUGUGCAAUAAGACGCACUACUCCAACGAAAGCAUUUUAAAUAAGUACAUAGUCAAGUCGGUGAGCAAGGGAAUCAAGUUUCGUAUCGUGUUGGUCUGGCGCAUAUCGUUGAUUGCAAUAAAGCGACGCAGUGAUCGAACACGCGUCGCAUCAAAAAGAUAGCACAAAAUCGUGAUCGCUUUACAAGGCACGUUUAUUAUUACGAUUUUAUCCAGUUAAAAUAAUUCUCAAGCGAAUUUUUCGGAACCUUGGCUAAUCGAGGAUCGUAUAAACGUUCAAAGUGCAGUCCGUGUGCAGCGAUCUGUCGAAAACAGUGAUCGAAAAUCUCACGAAUACAUACGAGUACAAGAUGCAACGUCGAACUUGUAAACAUAUCGAAAACAUAAUAUCAUAUUUUUUUCAUGCAAUCGACUCUCAAAAAUACCAUUUCCAUCCCCCCCAGUGUGAAAACUGUGACUCAAUAGAUAGCUGCACGUUCGCGCGAUCGCAAAAGAGAAUAAAUAUAUAAAUAAAUAUGGUGGUACGUACAUAUAAAUGAUACACGCAUGUUACAACGUGGACGAAUGCAUGCGCGUACAAAACUGACACUUAGACACUUAAUAUACAUAUACAAAGUAAAAAGUUUCACGCUAUAUAAAAGCUCAAAAGGAAAUCUUUAUAGGACGUAUCUCUCUAGAUGCAUCCGCUACGAAUCUCAAUCUAUGCAAUCUCUAUUUUUAUUACUUGACAAGUAGUAUAGUGAAUUACCUUUAUGGAUAUUGUUGCGUCGCUUCAGGGUGUUCCGCGGAAAGUGAGAAUAACAUGCUCGAAGUUGUUCUUUCGUUAAGACUUCUAAAAUUCUCGGUGUAAGGAUUUUUAGUGAAUAAAUAUCUCGCGUACGUAACGAAAAAAGGAAACGAAGAAAAAUAAAAGUUAAAGAAUUGAACGUUGUGUAUAAUAAUAUAAUGUACUUGUUACGUUGAACUGUUGUAUUUGUUAUCGAUCCACGGCCGAAAAUCGUUUUCCGAUCGUUGACAAAAUCCUGAAGUGAGCAUGUUUGAAUCUUCGAACUCUUGAACGCUAAUAAUUCUCUGACAAUGACUAGCAUGUAACGUGUAUCGAUAUGUAAUUAAUAUACAUAUACGUAUGUAUAUAUACAGUGGUGGAUAAAAGAACAUCUAAGGAAUUAAAUCAUCAUAGUAAACGCUAUAAUUUAUUAAGGAGGAACUAUAUUUUAUAACACGGGUCACAGUAUAGUAUGAGAAUAUAUAUGAUCUGAAAAAGGAUGAAACAAAUAAUUAUAUGUAUAGGGAUGAGAAAGGAUGUAUUUUAUUUGAAGAAAGCAAUAUUUUAAUCAAGAAAUGAAAGAUUCGUUAGACAAAGUAGUAUAAAUUUGAUUGCAACACUUUAUCAAUAUAUUUAUGCCGAAUUUAAGAUUUAAUGUCCUUUUAGUAGAUUUUCUUUUGGUCUAAUUGAAUUUCUUAUUCCAUUAUCAAUUUUAUGAUGUUCACUCGUGGAUAAUUUAUGGAUUUACACUACUUUGUGAAAGAUAUUAUUAAUAGAUUUUCCUAUUAAGCCCUAUUAUAUGAAUACAACUUCACAAACGAAUGAAUAUCUACAUAUCAGAGAGAGGGAAUUUCAUAAAUCAAUCAUACAAAUAUUAGCAUUAAACAUACAGUUACGCAAAUACAUAAAAAUAUGAAUUUUUAACCUUUCCUUUAGCCAUCACUGUAUAUAUUAUAUAUUCAUUGUGAGAAAUGAAGAAAAUGUAAGUUUAUCUAUUAGAGAAAUUAAUGUUUUAUCUAGCGUCGUACUUAAAUUAAAUAUAAUAUAUCGUCGAUAUAUCACUGUCGCUAAAAAAAGGAAAGAAAAUGUGAAAAAGACUAUCUUCACGAUAACUAGAAGGAGGAGAAAAAAUUCCAACUCUAAGCGCUCACAUCAAGUUGUGAAUAAACAUAUCAUACCUAAUUAAUAUAUUGAACAAAGAAGGGAGAUAUCAUCGUUUAAUAUAAUAUAAAUAUGAGUCUAUAUAUAUAUUAAAAUAUAUAUAUAUAUAUAAAGAUUAUAAAUCUAUAUGCCAGAAAAAUAGUUAUUAAACGCAUUAUGUCGAAUGAACGUAGAUCUACAAUAGUAGGCCAUUUUUCAAUCCACUAAGGCAACAAAAAUUUAUAUGCGUGUACAUUCAUACACAUGCGCAUACGUAUACACACGUGAACGUAAUUAUAAUUUUCUUUUUCCUAUUUCUGAUUCCUCUGAUAAAAAUCAACAACCGAAUGCUUCUCUCGACUCUCUUACAAUCUACCAAAACAGAUCUGCGCGAAAAAAUGAUGUAAUAAGAGAGGAAAGCACGUGCAGCGAGUCGUGCUGGAAUAUCUUUUAAAUUAUUAUUAAUAUCUUGUCCUCUUCGUCGCGAGACACGUAAAGGAGGAAAAUUUCAAUAAAAUGUAAACAAAUCAAGUCACUUGAUAUACCUAUAUGUAUGUAUGAGAAUUUUUAUGUGUACAUAAAUUCUGCAACUUGAAUCGAUUUAGUGGCUGUCCUAAUCAUCUAUAUUAAAGUAGAAACGAAAAUGAAGAGAGAAAAAGUUACGACAUUUUCCUCCUGUGAUAUUUGAAUUGCGAUUCGUUUGUUUGUUUCUUUCUAUUUUCUAUCUUUUUUAUUCAAAAUUUCUAGUCCCCACGACUUAUUCGCCAAGUUAAUAGUCGCGUAACGCGAUACGCUCGUAAACGUUGUUGGAACACGUUAAUCGAAACGGCCAAAUACUUAAAUAACGAUAUUAAUAUAAAAUAAUGAUCACUCGAUCACGCCGGCCAAUCAUCUUUACUAGAUUUCUCCUAUUGAACUCAAUGCUAUCGCUAUAUAAGUCAUUGAAUCUCACAAACGUUCAAAAAUAUACUAUAUUCAAAUCGCAUAACCUCAACUUGCUUCAUCAAAUGUAGUUGAUUCGUCUUUGUAAAUUGUAUAACUAUUAUUUCAUCGUAAUUCGAUAAAUAAAUGAUUGGCCGGCAUAAUCAAAAAAGCUAAUAAGAAUGAGAAUUGAUGUUAUAUUGAUUUAAAUUAAAGUCCAAUAUCCUUUCUUUUUCUUUCCCUCGUCUCGUGUUCCGACCGAAGCGCAAAAUCGUCUUUUCCUCUUUACACGUUUCCUCUCAGUCUCGUUUCCAUUCUCCCCGUUCCAUCCACUUUAAUCUCGUGUGCUAUUUGCUCUCAUAUGCUACUUUUUAACAUUGAGAUUUCGGUCAUGGUGCUAUAAUAUCUGUACAUAUACUGUGGGAAUCGUUGUGUAAUCAAUGUACCAUUAUUAUUAAUAUUAUUCGAACUAUAAUCGCAUCCAAUAUACUUAUUAUUAUUAUUUUAUUAUUUUGAUAUACUCAUAUUUACAUGACCGUUACGUUUAACGAUACAUCAACUUAUAAAUUUGUCUCGUAAUUUGCGCACGAAUAUUGGGAAACGCUAACAAAGAAAAAAAGAUGGCGAUUCCUUUCAUUUCAGAGAUAAAAAUAUAUAGUAAAUAUAUAUAUAUAUAUAAAUAUAUACAUAUAUUCCGCCCGUAAAACAGGACUCUGCAAUAAUCAUGAUUUUGUUUGAUAUUGAUUCUAUGAUUGUAUAUUUAUAGAUAAGUUGAGCUCAAGCGUGCAUCUCGUUGCGUACGCUAUAUCACAUAUAUUAUACAUACUCUUGAUUUUUAUAUAGGCGAGAUAUCGAGAUAUCGACUGCAUACUAUAUCUAUACCGGAUGUUUUAUAAAUCGUAAAACAAUCAGGAAAAUAGAAGACUCCACGGUCAAAUAUAAGGCGAUUCCCACAAUAAAGGUAUUCCUGAAUCUGAAGUUCUAGCAUCUUUCACAGAAACUUGACGAUAACCUAAAUAGUACUUUCUAAAUUAUAUGUUAGGUAGAUUCGUGCGAGAUCGUCCUACAUCCGGCACAGUAUCUGCACGGUUCUUCUCUGAUCGAUUCACGAUUUAUAAAACAGCCUAUGUAUAAAACGAUAUAUCGAAGUGAUUAAGGUGACGAUGACGAUGGAUGACGGCGUGCCAAGCAAGGCGGGAAUUGUUCUUUAAAAGCAAAAAAAAUAUAAUAUUACAUAUAUAUGUAUAAAAUAAUAUAAACGACGAUAAUGAUAUUAAGGUAAAUAAGUACGACAAAACGACUGCUCUAUACUGCUAAAGUACAAAUGUUUCAUUUAUUUGUUUUAUAAAAACGAUAUCGAUUUGUUAGAGAUUAGGUUUAAUGCGUGCACGCUCAAGCGCGCGAUGUACGUGUAAUUAUAUUUAUUUGUUAAUCUCUCCCUAUAUCUCUCUCUCUCUCUCUCUCUCUCUCUCUCUCCCUCUCUUUCUCUCUUUCUCUCUUUCUCUCUCUCUCUCUCUCUCUCUCUCUCUCUCUCUCUCUCUCUCUCUCUCUCUCUCUCUCUUUCUUUUCCUCUCUCAAGUAUAAUAAUGUGGCCCCUCCAUCUACAUAUAUAGCGUCCUAACGUGACGCAUACACAAUAACGUGAUACGCUCAUGCUCGCUCAUUUCACGUUCACCACGACAUCUAAUUUCACACGCAAUCCACAUAUCUCUCCUGCCGUACUUAUGUAAUAGUCGCAUGACAUAUGACAGUUUGGUCCUAGUAAUAUAUGGGUGCGUACAGGUACAUAAGGAUACGAAAUUCGUCGUUUUCGUCGUAACACGCACAGAUUUUGAGCUCCUCAUACCCCUCUCACGGAUAAUCACCAUGGUGGUGUCAGAUGAUCGAUGCUGAAUAGCAGGAAAUAUAACUUACAAACUAUAGCUGACAGAAUGGCUCUUUUUGUGCAGCGUUUCCCAAUCGUUUCCGUUUUUGCCAAUUAAUUUAACGAGCCUUGACCUUUUAUGUUUUCUAAGUAAAUUUUUUACCAUUUGUAAUUAUGAAGAUAUCGUAUUGUGUUCGUUCUGAAAAGGUGGAAAGGUGUAUGUAAUAUAAAGAAAAUCUUAUGAAUUCAUGAACUACCUUUGGAUAUAAUAUCUGCUUACUAUUUCUAAGCUAAACAUUUUCACUUUUUGUAAACAAUACGUAGAUUGGGAAAUGUUGAUUUGUUUAAUCAAGAUGCGACAAUAAUACGUAUAUAUUGCUUAAUAGCAAAACAAUAAAUUGUAUAAGUAUGACUACUUAUGAAAUUAUAAUGACGUGAUUCAGCAAUUUUGUUUCUUAGAUACAACAAAUGAUUUCAACUACUGUUCUGUCGUUGUAAAAUGUUUUAAUUCAUUUGUGCUCAAAAUGUCGAAAACAAUGCAUGAAUUUUAAGAAACUUUCAUGUUUUAAUUCAGUAUAUUAUUGCCAGAUAAAAGCGUGAAAAAUAUUUUUCUAACAAAAAAGACACUAAUUUUUUAAUACGCCUCUACUACAAAUAAUAGUUCCGAGCAAAGAUGAAUUAAAAUGAAUUUAAUAUUUCAUACAACGCUAUUUGUAUUACAGAUUCAAUAAAUACGUUAUUAUUGUCGUUGCUUGAUUCAAUCAUAUAUUCUGCGUUAUAUUUCCAUCUCAUUCAUGGGUGUUCAUUAAAUAUUAUUUUCUCUUUUAUAUUACUUCACCUACGAUCGUACUUAAUCGCAUCAGUAUCGUUUCAUCCGAUAACCGAUUAAUUUCCGACAUAUCAGAAUAUAUCUGCUAAAUCGAAUAGCAAUUCAAUUAACAUUUAAUCCUUUCGCAAUGCAAUAUGUUUUCCCUAUUUUCCAUUAGGCGGCCUGCAUUAAUUUAUCGUACAAUUAAUACGCGCUUCUGUUCAUAUGAAUAUCUUAGCGCGAAGUAUUUUUAUGAUGUAUAGAUAAUUUUGAGAGAAUUAUAUAUGACAUUUAGUUUGAAAUAAAAUUACACACGAUAAGGUACGCAAUUUAAAUUAAUUCAAUGAAUGCAAAGAGUUUGAGUAAAUAGGGAAAACAACGGAAGAAAUAAAAUAAAACAAAGUAAUUAACCGAAGAAAGAAUCGCUAUUGAAACUAUUGGAUGAUUCACGAAAUUGGAAUCCAAAGGAAAUGCAAUGGAAAGUAAUUGUCAUGCUGUUCGUAAUGCAUCACGAUCUAACGGAUGCACGAAGAAAUAAAGAAACAAAAUAAUGUAUGUAUAUCUCUAUCAUACAUACCGUCGCAAUAAUCGAUCGAUAUUUUAUAUUUUUUUCCUGUAAGACAAAAGUUUGUCCACUUUAGCUCUUUGCAAAUAUGCGCGUAUCGAUCGUAUUUUUGUAAAUCCUCUAGAAACCGAUUUCAUCUGAAAUUCACGCUGCCAUCAGAUAUUUGAACGUCUCAUAACGUAAAAUUGUUUUGCAACGAAUCGCGAUAAAAAGAAAAAAACAAACUAGAUCGCAGAGAGUUAAAAUGCUCGGACAACGUUUGUCGACGGUAGAAUACUUGACCAUUUGAGUGCAGAGGAUCGUGACCGCGUUCCUCGAUACUCGGACAAGAAAUACGAAAAGCACAGAAACGCUUCUCAUAUUUCUUCCGUUAUAAAACAACUAUUGGACAUGCAUAACAUCGUAUGUCCAGCAGUUGUGCCUUUACAUUGAGAAAAUCGUUCGUGAUUCACUGUUAUUUGAUCAGUAUCAGUUAAUAAACUUUUUAAAUAGUGUUAAAAAAUAAAGGCAACAUUUCUUUCUGUCUCGAAUCCUUCAUUUUACCCAAACUCCCAAAACACAUUCUAUUAUUUAAAAUCUACAAUUUAAAUGUAUAUAUAAAACUACUCUCUGCACUCAAAUGGUUCAAUCAAUGUUUAACGAGAUUUUAAUUGUCGUAUAAGAUCGUUUUGCGAUAACAAAUACAGGCGAGCUGAAACAAUCGGAAUGGAAUUAAAUUAAUUAUGUAAACUGUAAUGAAUUUAACUUGAAUCUCGAAUGCAUACUUUUUAGUAAACACUGUUGAUACAAUGAUAGUGUAAAUGGAUUAAAAAAUCUUGUAUGUGUGUUAGAAUUAUUCGUAGGCAAUUAGAAAACGUAAAGUUUCUUAGUCGUUCACAUUCAUGGCUUCCUUCUUUCGUAUUUCCGCUCAUUCUUCGUCACGUAAAGAUGGAAAAUUCAAGUAUUAGUCAUUUGUCCAAUUAGCUUAAUAUAUAAUGUCGAUAUUUUAAAAACAACAGUGUCGAUAAAAUCGACUUUCGAUCUGAUCAUAUAAAUGUUUAAUUAUUAUUCGAAAUUGUUUUAGAGGUUAGAAACUGCUCGAAACGUCUUCUGUAGUUCACAGUGGGAAGAUAUACGAAAAAUUGCGAUACAAUACAAUAUUAUGAAAGUUACUACUAAAUGUAAUUAUCAGAAACAUGUUUCCAUAAAAUUGUUUUAAUUAAUAUUCUGUUAAAUAUUUCCUUUCUUGUAAUAACAGAGUUAAAAAUAUUUUUCACAUGGUUAUAUUGUGUAUUUUUUAUGCGUGUUUUAAUAGUGUAAGCAAGUUCCGAAUUUUCCGGAACGACCGGAAUAAUACGGGUAUUCAUACUUAGAUAUUCAUACUAUCCGGAUAAUGAUUCAGUAGUAUGUGUAAAGCAAUAUCUGUUACCUGAAUAAGUACCUGUGUUAUUAUUUUAAUUUUUGACACUAAAGGGUAAUAAAAACUUCUAAUUGUAAAAAAUUAUUUGCAAAAAUCCAGAUGAAACAGAAUUAUUAAGAUAUUGAAAUAAUACUUUUAAAAAGGAAUACAAUUCACGUUCAUAUCAUACUAACUGACCAUCUGAGUACCUUGGCUUAAACUAUAAAUAUCUGUUUUAUUCGGAUAAUAUGAGUAUCCAUUGCUUAGAAUACGCAUUAAUACUUUAAUAUAAACAAAUUUCGAAAUAUAAAAAUUUAAUUUUAUAAUCUUGACAAUGGAAUGUUUUUUUAAUUGUUUUUGUAUUUACAUAAAAUAUAUUUAUAUUUAUAUUAA